AUGGAUCGGGUGAAUGUUCUAGCUUCCAAGAGUGCUUUGGUUAUCUUCACAAAAAGCACAUGCUUCAUGUGCCAUAGUAUCAAGGCUCUCUUCUUUGAUUUUGGUGCAAGUCCCGCAGUUUAUGAGGUUGACAGUAAUGUCGAACUAGAGUGUGCCCUACGGAGGUUGGGUUCUAAUAUUGCGUUUCCAGCCGUGUUUGUAGGUAGUAAAUAUCUGGGUUCUACUAAAGAAGUUAUUUCCCAACAUAUUGACGGCACUUUAAAGCAAAAGCUUAUUGAAGCAAAGGCUAUCUGGCUCUAG